GUUGGGGACUCUGCCUUGCAGGAGGAAUCACAUGCGGUUUUGAACAAGCAGCUGCUGCGGCAGGUCUGGGUUUCAGGAAGUGCUGAGAAGUCUUAGCAGAGCAACGCGCAAGGGGACAGAAAACAAGAUUUUGGACCAUCAUUGGCUUCCCUGGAUGCAAAAAUUCUUUUGAGUAGUUGAAUCUGGAAAAAUGGCCAAACAAACCUUCUCCACAUUAGAGACCUUUCUGAUUUUCCUCCUUUUGAUGAUGACUGCGAUCACGGUGGCCCUUCUCAGCCUCUUGUUUAUCACCAGUGGGACCAUUGAAAAUCACAAAGAUUCAGGUUUUCCAUCUACCCAGGGCCCCACAGUCACCCAGGUGUCCCCAUUGACGAGUACCCCAGAGCCUACUCUGACGAGUACCCCAGAGACGACUUUGAUGAGUACCCCAGCACCUACUCUAUUUACAAACUUCACUGGCUACCAUAUUGGUGUUGGGCGAGCUGACUGCACAGGCCAAGUAGCUGAUAUCAACUUGAUGGGCUACAGCAAACGUGGCCAGAAUGCACGAGGCCUCCUUACCAGGUUGUUCAGUCGUGCCUUCAUCAUGGCGGAACCUGAUGGGUCAAAUCGAAUGGCAUUCGUCAGCAUUGACAUAGGCAUGGUAUCCCAACGAAUGAGGCUGGAGGUCCUGAAGAGACUUCAGAGUAAAUAUGGCUCCCUGUACAGAAGAGACAAUGUUAUCCUGAGCGGCACUCACACACACUCAGGCCCAGCAGGAUAUUUCCAGUAUACUGUAUUUGUAAUUGCCAGUGAAGGAUUUAGCAAUCGGACUUUUGAGUACAUGGUCACUGGCAUCAUGAAGAGCAUUGAGAUAGCACACACAAAUAUGAAACCAGGCAAACUCUUUAUAAAUAAAGGAAAUGUGGAUGGUGCACAGAUCAACCGAAGCCCUUUUUCUUACCUUCAGAAUCCACAGUCAGAGAGAGCAAGGUAUUCUUCAGAUACAGACAAGGAAAUGAUAGUCUUGAAAAUGGUAGAUUUGAAUGGAGACGACCUGGGCCUUAUCAGUUGGUUUGCCAUCCACCCAGUCAGUAUGAACAACAGCAAUCAUCUUGUAAAUAGUGACAAUAUGGGCUAUGCAUCUUACCUUUUUGAGCAAGAAAAGAACAAAGAACAUCUACCUGGACAGGGACCGUUCGUAGCAGCUUUUGCUUCAUCCAACCUAGGAGAUGUGUCCCCCAAUACUCGCGGCCCACGUUGCACCAACACAGGAGAGUCUUGUGAUAACGCCAAUAGCACUUGUCCUGUUGGUGGGUCUACCAUGUGCGUUGCUAUGGGGCCUGGAGAGGAUAUGCUUAACAGCACACAAAUUACAGGACAGAUCAUGUAUCAGGCAGCAAAGGAGCUGUAUGCCUCUGCCUUCCAGGAGGUAACUGGACCAUUAAUUUCGGCUCAUCAGUGGGUGAAUAUGACGAAUGUCACUGUCUCGCUCAAUUCCACACACACAGCAAAAACGUGUAAACCAGCACUGGGCUACAGUUUUGCAGCGGGCACCAUUGAUGGAGCUGGUAGCCUCAAUUUUACACAGGGAACAACAGUAUCGGAUCCAUUUUGGGACAACAUUCGGGAUCAGCUCCUGGGCAAGCCAUCUGAUGAAAUCAAAGAAUGUCAUAAACCGAAGCCAGUCCUUAUUCACACUGGAGAGCUGUCAAAACCUCAUCCCUGGCACCCAGAUAUUGUUGAUGUUCAGAUUAUUACUCUUGGGUCCUUGGCCAUAACUGCCAUCCCUGGGGAGUUUACGACCAUGUCUGGACGAAGAUUUCGGGAGGCAAUUAAAGCAGAGUUUGCAACUUAUGGGAUGCAGAAUAUGACAGUUAUUAUUUCGGGUCUAUGCAAUGUAUAUACACAUUACAUUGCCACCUAUGAAGAAUACCAGGUUCAGCGGUAUGAGGCAGCAUCUACAAUUUAUGGACCGCACACUCUGUCUGCUUACAUCCAGCUCUAUAAAGUCCUUGCUAAGGCCAUUGCUACGGACACAGUGGCCAACCUGAGCAGCGGUCCAGAGCCUCCAUUUUUCAAGCAACUGAUAGCCCCAUUAAUUCCUAAUAUUGUGGAUAGACCACCAAUGGGCAAGAAUUUUGGGGAUGUCCUACAGCCCCCGAAUCCUAAAUACAGACUGGGAGAAGUUGUUGAAGUUACAUUUGUAGGUGCUAACCCAAAGAAUUCAGCAGAAAACCGGGACUCUAAAGGUUUCUAUUGGCACAAGGGAUUACUGGGUCGUAGCAAUGCAACGAUAGAAUGGCAUAUUCCAGAGACUGCCCAGCCUGGAAUCUACAGAAUAAGAUACUUUGGACAUAAUCGGAAGCAGGACCUUUUCAAGCCCGCUGUCAUACUUCCAUUUGAAAGCACUUCCUCUACUUUUGAAGUUGUAACUACUUAGUAAAAAGUUGACAAAUCAUUUAAAGAGCAGCUUUGCUCUGUAUAAUUUAUAUAACUGAUUUCACAUGAAUGUAAACUAUUAUAAUGAUGUGUAUAAAUGUCCCAGCUUGGGGCCAGUUUACUGCUAAUGGGACAGAGGUGUGUGUGUGUGUGUGUGUGUGUGUGUGUGUGUGUGUGUGUGAUGAGUGUGUGUCCCAUUUACCUUGCUCUAGCAGCUUUGUACCUCAUGGUCUACAGCAUGAUUUCCCUUGAAACCUUGUGGCUGUUUAAAGGAACAGUUCCCUAAUAUGAAACCUCUGAAAUGUUAGUAAGAGUGGUUGAAGAUGUGUGAAAAAAGUUUAAACUAUUUAUUUAUAGAAUUAUUGAAUGUUACCACUGAAAAAGUUUAAACAGAUCAUCUAAUUUGAUCCUUCAUUUUGUAAGUAGGAAAAUGAAGUUUUAUGGAUUUAAGAUUAGCGUGAAGCUGCAGGAUUCCACCCUCCCAUUUACAUUUUAAUAUAUUAUAUAAACAUUGACCAUAAAUAUGUAAGCCCAAUUAGAGAAAAGUAGCAUGAAAAUGAGCAUACCAGCUUUUUUAUAUUGAGCGCAGCCUUUCAAAGCAGUCACUCUGGAUUUGAUAUGCUUAACCUGGAUUUGUUGUUGAUGCUCAAAUCAUUUCUGGAAUUCCCUUCAGACCCGAGAUAUAGAAAGUCAGAUUUGUAAUAUUUGCAUCAUGCUUUGUGUUUCCCUAAGUGCCCUUAUCCCACUAAAUUGUGUCUUUUAUUCAUCAAGCUUGUUUUAAGUGAUUUUUGACUGUUUCCACUAAUGAAAUUCACCCCCAAACCAUGAAAAUUUGCCAUUAGUGUGAAUAAGAAAAUGAAAGUUAUUGGCUUGGAAGGGAGUCCUCAAAGGGAAGGCUCUAAAUUCAUUUAUUUGUUUGUUUAUCACUCACUCACUCACUCACUCACUCAUGGACCCAUCCAAUCAUAAAAUAUUUAUUAAGGCUUACUCUUAUACCCAGCAUUGUAUGAGUACCUGGUACAAGGACAACUAGUGAGAUUAAUUGGU